UCUGGCUAUAAAUAGCGGAGUAGAGAACAUCUCUUAACAUAUCAAGUACAAUUUGUAUUCAUAUCACUCUCUACAUCCUUUGUUUUAGAAAGCACGUCUCAAGGAACGAAAAAAAAUGUCGACCGAGUCGUAUGAUGAGCUAGAGGAACAUAAAUCCAACAAGUCAUCAGAUGCUGUAGAACGAAUCCAAUCUGGAUUUAUCCAUUUCAAGACUCACAAAUAUUUGAAGAAACCUUCGUUGUACAAUGCACUUGCCAAGAGCCAGAACCCCAAGUUUCUGGUGUUUGCUUGUUCGGAUUCCCGAGUCAGCCCUGCUCACAUCGUGAACUUCCAACCUGGGGAAGCCUUUGAAAUUAGAAACAUUGCAAACAUGGUUCCACUUUUUGACAAGACACAACACUCAGGUACUGGUGCGGCUAUGGAAUAUCCAAUUACAAAACUCAACGUGGAGAACAUUCUGGUGAUUGGUCACAGCCGUUGUGGUGGAAUAGAGGCACUCAUGUCCAUUGAAGAUGAUGCAGCUCCUAAUAAGAGCAUCUUUAUAGAAGACUGGGUCAAGAUCGGUACAGCGGCGAAGAACAGGAUCAAGCAGGAGUUUGGAGACCUUAGCUUCGAAGAACAGUGCACCCUUUGUGAGAAGGAAGCGGUGAACGUUACUUUGGCGAAUUUGUUGUCUUACCCAUUCGUGAGAGAAAGGGUGGAGAAGGGUAAGCUCGCCUUAAGAGGAGCUCACUAUGAUUUCGUGAAUGGAACGUUUGAACUUUGGGAACUCGACGUCAAGACCACCACUGCGUUUACCUUUUCUUAAGAUAUCACUACUUACCUUUUCUUUGUGUUGCUUCUAAGUGUGUUAUUGUCAUGUACUUGCUUCUGUUUCUUGUUUAUGUGUCUGUGUGAAAAGAAAUGAAUAAGCUAUAAAGAGCAUUUGUUUA